AUGCCAAAGGAUUGGAUGGAUCUACCGAGGUAUAGCGAAGAGUAUAUCAAUGGUGUUAUUAGUUUUUUAGACUUUGCAUACUCUGAGGGAGAACCGGACGGACGACAAAUUCAAUGUCCUUGUAAGAGGUGUUGUAACAUUAAUUGGUAUAGAAGAGAUGUGGUAUUUGACCAUUUAGUAGCCGACGGAUUUGUUAAGGGAUAUAGAACAUGGAUUAAUCAUGGCGAAUGGGCAAUCCCGAUGGCAGUUGACGAUGACACGGAUGAUGAAGAAGGUGCACGCGAUGACAUUGAAGGACUGCUUAAUGAUGCAUUUGGAGAUGUAUCUCAUGCUGAGGGUGUUACUGUAGGUCAAAAUGAAGAGGCUAAAAAGUUUUACAAUUUAAUAGAUGGGGCAAGUCAAGAGUUAUACCCGGGUUGCAAGAAAUUUUCUACAUUAUCUUUUACCAUCCGUCUGUACUUGUUAAAGUGUUUGCACGGUUGGAGCAAUGCCUCCUUCACUUCACUUCUUGAGCUAUUGAAAGAGGCAAUGCCUGACAUUAACAUACCUUCAUCUUUCCAUAAGACAAAGUCUAUGAUAAGAGAUUUAGGUCUGGAUUAUAAAAAAAUUGAUGCUUGUCCUAAUGAUUGCCUCCUGUAUAGAAAAGAACUAAAGGAUGAAAAACAUUGUCGUGUGUGUGGAACUUCUCGAUAUACUAAAAAUUCCAGUGAUAAUAGCGAGAACCAACCUGACAUGAAAGCUAGUCUGAGGUGGCAUGAUGAGGAGCGCGUAAAAGAUGGGACGUUAAAGCAUCCUGCUGAUGGCUUGGCAUGGAAGAACCUUGAUGAAAUGGAUGAAGAAUUUGCUAAAGAAUCUCGCAAUAUUAGACUAGGCUUGUCAAGUGAUGGGUUUAACCCAUUUCGUAGCAUGAACAUUUCAUGGAGCACGUGGCCCGUGAUGCUGAUGGUAUACAACUUGCCUCCGUGGAUGUGCAUGAAACCCGAAUAUUGUAUGCUAUCUUUGCUUAUUCCUGGGCCACAAUCACCUGGUAAAGACAUUGAUGUGUAUCUACAACCAUUGAUAGAAGACUUGAAGUUGUUGUGGGAAAAAGGGGUCGAAACCUAUGAUGCGUCAAAGAAUGAGACCUUUCACAUGCGGGCAGCUCUUUUGUGGACAAUCAACGAUUUUCCUGCUUAUGCUAUGUUGUCUGGGUGGAGUACAAAGGGAAAGUUGGCUUGCCCUUGUUGCAACAAAAAUACUAGUAGCUUACAACUAAAACACAGUCGGAAGACAGUUUAUAUGGACCAUCGUGUCUUUUUACCCAUGGAUCAUCCAUGGAGAACCAAUACAAGGUCUUUUAAUGGGAAGUAG